CAAUUGGAUCAAAUGUUGCAGGCGGACAAGAAUGAGGCAUUGAAGAAGGCUCUGUUUCGUGGUGAUGUGUCAUUAGUUGAAGAGCUCUUAAACUCUGGUAUAAGCAUAGAAUCUAGCUUUCAGUUUGGAUGGACUCCCCUGAUGUGUGCUGCCAGUGUGGCUGAUUUUGCAGUAGUGCGUCUUCUUCUGGACAGAGGUGCUAAUGCAUGUUUUGAAAUAGAUAAGUACACUGUGCUGAUGGCAGCAUGUACAGCGCAUGCUUCGGAGGAAAACAUCUUGAAGACUGUAGAACUGCUUCUGUCAAGGAAUGCUGACCCUAACCUUACUUGCAGGAGACAAAUGACUCCACUGAUGUAUGCAGCUAGGAAAGGUUAUCCUCAGGUUGUUGCUCUUCUUGUUGCUCAUGGAUCACACAUAAAUGCCCAAGAUGAAAAUGGAUAUUCAGCAUUAAUAUGGGCAGCACAGCAUGGACAUAGAAGUGUAAUUUUGAAGUUGCUUGAACUGGGAGCUCACAAAAAUCUACAGACUAAGGAUGAGAAAACAGCAGCAGAUGUAGCAAAAAUUAAUAAACAUUCAGAGAUUUAUAGUUUACUCUCUUUGGCUGCAAAUCGUUUGCAAGGGAGAUUCCAUGAAACUAUUCAGCAAGAAACUACCUACAAAUUGCUGACAGCUGCCCCUGACUGCACAGUUGGUUCCUGUUCAACUUUUGAUGACAUGAAAGUGUUUUUACAUGGUCUUGGCCUAGAACACAUAAUAGGAUUAUUGAAGGAAAGAGGUAUAGCUUUAAGACAACUUCUGUUCAUGCAAAAAGAUGAGUUAAUACAGAUUGGCAUUACAAAUCCUGGAGAUCAACAGAAGCUCACAGAUGCUAUCAAUGAGCUACAACUGGAAGAAAAGAGAAUUGGAGACUUCUCUGAAGUGGUGAAGCUGGAAUUGAGUGGAGAUGAAUGCCUCAAGUUUCUGCAGAAGCUGAAUAAAGAGUGUAGUAAGCUGACCGUUCCUGUGCGGACCAUAAACCAGCAUUUCCUCCAAAAUUCACAGAAGAGAAUACUGCGGUGGGCACCGACUGAAAGUUUUAUUGAAGUCUGCAAAGACUUGCUUUGCAGUGUUGAGAAGCUGGGAGGAGAAGUUACCAAAUUGAAGGACUUGGUAGAGAAGCAUGAACAGAAGAAUGGCCCCAGCCGAGUGAAACUUCCAGAAAAAACACCCACCUUGGAAAAAAGAUUAGUAAAAAUGGGAGCGGUUUUUCCUUCAAUGCAAGUAACAUCCUACAGCGUGAUGAGGCCAGAGGCAAACAGAACACAGGUUGGUUUGUUUUUUUUUCCAUUCUGUUCCCAGCUUUGGGUCAGAGGGGAUAAGCUGUAUUCCCCACCACCACCAUCUACCAGCAGAAGUGGAGAAGUGCACAUACCAUCGGCGUACUGA